UGCGGGCUCGCUCUCCAAACUCCGCUCACCACAUAGACAGCUAGCCAGCUACUGCUAGCCCAGGCUAGCCAUUCCUCUACUAACAAACUAGCUCGACAACAAGCCGUUUUUAAACUUAAGAUCGGGCGCCCAUCCCGUUCGCGUUUUGAGAAGACAUUAGUUGUGUUGGGGCAUUAUAUACGGGAUGUUGAGGAAAAAACGGGAGCGAAUUAGACGGUAAAACAUACCGGCGUUUGCGGCAAAUCUGAGGUGCGCGGCUAGCUCACGUUAGCUGCUAACUUUUGGUGGUAUUUCUAGAGGAGCUACUGGCCAGAUAUUGACGGUUGUGGACGCGGCCGGGUACCUACUGUUGGGGUGCCUGUGUCAGUCACUGCAAAAGGUCCAUGACGAAGCCACGCCGUAAGAGCCAAGUGGCAUGGGGGGCCGGAGCUGGCAGCCGACGGUCCGAAGACGCCACCGGCUGUCGCCGGGGUGCACGGCAACCGCCGACGUCGCCCUACGGCCUGAAGACGUCCCCCACCCGGGACGGCCUGAGCUACUCCCAGACCCAGCGCGUGGUGGAGGUGGACCUGGACGGCAGGCUGCAUCGCAUCUCCAUCCUGGACCCCCUGGCGGUCAUCACGGAGGACGAGAUGAUGGCGCAGGACAUCGUGGAGUGUAACAGCAACAAGGAGAACAGCGAGCAGCCCUCGCCGCCGGCCAGCGGCCCCCAGGCGGUCCGCAAGCCCGCCACGCCCCGCGGCCGCAGGAAGGACCCCAAGAGCUCCUCCGUCAAGUCCUCGCCCUUCUCCAAGAACCACGGGCCCAACUCGCACCCCCAGACCCCCGACAAGGGGGGCCCCCACCAGGGCGGCGCCGUGGCGGCCCUCCCCGAGCCCACCUUCCGCCUGCUGGAGACGUUCCGGCCGGCGCAGGCCCCGCCCCUGCCCGCGGCGUACUACCGCUUCAUGGAGCGCUCGGCGGAGGAGCUGGAGGCGGAGGCGGAGUACGACAUGGACGAGGAGGACGCGGCCUGGCUGGAGAUGAUCAACGCGGGCCGCCGGGCCGACGGCCACCCCGGCGUCUCGGCCGACACCUUCGAGCUGCUGGUGGACCGGCUGGAGGAGGAGGCGUACCGCGAGGCGCGCAGCCGGGCGCCCUCGCAGAGCGCGGCGGACGACGACGACGCCUUCUGCUGCGUGUGCCUGGACGACGAGUGCCUCAACAGCAACGUCAUCCUGUUCUGUGACGCGUGCAACCUGGCCGUGCACCAGGAGUGCUACGGCGUGCCCUACAUCCCCGAGGGCCAGUGGCUGUGCCGCUGCUGCCUGCAGUCGCCGCAGAGGCCGGCCGAGUGCGUGCUCUGCCCCAACCGCGGCGGCGCCUUCAAGCAGACCAGCGACGGCCGCUGGGCGCACGUGGCCUGCGCCAUCUGGAUCCCCGAGGUGUGCUUCGCCAACACGGUGUUCCUGGAGCCCGUGGAGGGCAUCAAGAACAUCCCGCCCGCCCGCUGGAAGCUCACCUGCUACCUGUGCAAGCAGAAGGGACAGGGCGCCUCCAUCCAGUGCCACAAGGCCAACUGCUACAGGGCCUUCCACGUGACGUGCGCCCAGCGCGCCGGCCUCUUCAUGAAGAUCGACCCGGUGCGGGAGACCAGCGUGCACGGCACCACCUUCUCCGUCAAGAAGACGGCCUUCUGCGAGGUGCACUCGCCGCCCGGCCAGGAGGACGAGGGCUCGGACGAGGAGGCGGAGCGGGACAGCGAGGGCCGCGUGGUGGGCAGCCGGCGGCGGGCCAGCAGGGGGCGCAGCGCCUACUCGGAGCUCCCCACCACGCCGAAGCGCGGCCGGAAGGGCGACGGCGCCGGCAAGCAGGGCAAGAGGAAAGGGAAGAAGGGCGCCGGGGACGCGGUCCAGUGCCCCGCGUCGCCCGUGGCGACGGUGCCGCACAUACCGACCCCCAGGCUGAACAUAAUCUGCAAGGGGAUUCUCUUCCAGAGGAAGACCCAGUUCAUGCAGAGGAUGCACAACUAUUGGCUCCUGAAGCGCCAGUCACGGAACGGUGUUCCACUUGUUCGUCGGCUGCACACCAACGUCCAACCACAGAGGCCCGCUGAACCGCCCGAGGUGGAUGAGAAGGUUUCUGCAGCGGUGGAGGCUCUGAGGUACUGGCAGAAGCUACGGCACGACCUGGAGAAGGCGCGGUUGCUGGUGGAGCUAAUCCGCAAGAGGGAGAAGCUCAAAGGAGAGCAGGUCAAGGUUCAGCAGGCGACCCUGGAGAUGCGCCUGACCCCCAUGUUGGUGUUGCUGCGGGCCACCCUGGACCAGCUGCAGGAGAAGGACCUGGCCAACAUCUUCUCGGAGCCCGUGGACAUCAAGGAGGUGCCCGACUACCUGGACUUCAUCACCGCCCCCAUGGACUUCUCCUGCAUGCGCUCCAAGAUGGAGGCGCACGCCUACCGCUGCCUGGCGGACCUGGAGCUGGACUUCAACCUCAUGGUGUCCAACUGCCUCCUGUACAACGCCAAGGACACGGUGUUCCACCGCGCGGCACUCCGGCUGCGGGACCUGGGGGGCGCCGUGCUGCGGCACGCCCAGCGGCAGGCCGCCAACACGGGCCUGGACCCCGACACGGGGCUCCUCCUUGCCGAGUCGCCCCAGAAGCAGAACUUCUACAGCUGCACCUGGGAGGACGUGGACAGCCUGCUGGACCCGGCCAACCGGCUCCACAUGUCGGUGGAGGAGCAGCUGAAGGAGCUGCUGGACAAGCUGGACGUGGUGACCUCCCUGCGGGGCAGCGGCGCCCGCACGCGGCGCGUCCGCCUGCUGCGCCGCGAGAUCCACAACGUCCGCUUCCGCCAGGGACCGUCCCCCCGCCGCGCCCCGCUCAACGGCCGCCGCAAGGACCGCCACGAGAGCGACGACGACGACGACGACGGCGACGACGGCGUCGAUGUGAAGGAGGAAGAGGAGGAGGAGGAGCGGACGGCGAAGGGCGGAGCCGAGGCGAAAACCGACGGCGGGCGGUUUUCGUCGUCCUGCGAUAAAGAUGACCUCAAAUCCACGUCCCCGCCCACGCUGGAGCUCACCGGGCCGGCUCCGCCCCCUCGCCAGGAGGACACGCCCCUGGAGCCCCCCACCCUGCGGCCGAUCACGGGCGAGCCGCGCCACUGUAAGCGCCUCAAAAUGGACAGCGAGAGUUCCGACGGCGCAGGCGCCGCCGGCGACACGAACUGCGUUAAGAAGGAGGCGGAGGCGCCGCAGGUAACCCCGCCCCCUCUGCCCGCCCCCCCCGCCGCGCCACUGACCAACGGCGUGUCCCCGACCUGCGGCGCCCCCCCGCGGCCGCCCACCACCGGCGUGGGCCGCCGCACCUCGGUGCUCUUCAAGAAGGCGAAGAACGGACGGCGCCCCCCCCCCGACGGCCCCUCGCUCAACGGGAAGAGCGAGGCCCCCGAGGAGACGGCCUCCAGCGUCCCCCCCACCCCCACCUCCACCGUCAGCACCCCCUCCUCCACGCCCGCCUCCACCCCGUCCAAGACCCCGCUGAAGAGCCUCCCGGCCGCCGGGGACCCCGCCACGCCCCGCUGCUGCUGGGCCUCGGGGCCCGACAUCGGCUCGGACAGCGAGAUGGAGGGGACCCCCCUGCGGGCGUCGGAGACCGGUCUCUCCAACGGGCUGAACGGACACGGAGACGGCCGGCCCGACCCCCUCUGCCGGCCCGCCCCCCCCUCGCUACACAAGAACAUCACGCCUCUCAAGAGAAGCCUUGGCAAGCCGGCCUUGUCCAAGGUGCCCUUCCUGGAGGUCCUGAACGGAGACUGCCACUACACCGCCCCCGGCGACAGCAGCCAGGUGUCUGAGGAUGAGCUGGAGCCUCUGGACCUGGUCUGGGCCAAGUGCAGGGGGUACCCCUCCUACCCCGCGCUGAUCAUCGACCCAGAGAUGCCGGAGGACGGCGUCCUGCACAACGGCAUCCCCAUCCCCGUCCCCCCCAAGGAGGUGCUGCAGCUGGGGGAGGCCCGGCAGGAGGAGGCCGGGGAGAGGCUCUACCUGGUGCUCUUCUUUGACAACAAGCGCACAUGGCAGUGGCUCCCCCGCAGCAAGCUGUCCACCCUGGGCCGGGACCAGACGGCAGACAAGCUGCGCAUCAUGGAGGGCCGAAAGACCAGCGUCCGCAAGUCCGUCCAGGUGGCCUACGACCGCGCCCUGAUCCACCAGAGCCGCGUCAGCCAGCAGCACGCCUUCCUGGCCUCCAGCUACCUGUAGGGGGCGCCCCCGAGGCCUCCUCCACCCCCCCCCCCCCCCCCACCA